AUGCGAAUUGAGUAAGAACCUAACAAAAUUACAAAUUAAUGGCUUUUUUGUCUGACAAAGAACCUUUUAAUUUAGAAAAGUUAUGUUUUCAACCUCUUGCACAAAUGGAAAAAAGGAGCUGAAACAAGUUUAAAAUAUUUAUUAUUUCCUAAAUAGGCCAUUUUAUCGCUGGCAAACAGAUUUUUAGAUCAAAAAUAUAUAUUGAGAAUUUUUAUAGAAAAAAUGCAAGCAAAGAUAAAUAAUUUUAUAUAUUUUAAUUAGCUUUUUAAAAUAAAUGCUAAAUCGGACAAAAUAUUUGAAAGAUUUUAACAAAAUAGCUUUAAAAUGUUCUUUCUAUCCUCAUUUUUGCAUGCUUAGAUACUUAAAAAAGCUUUCCUCUGA